AUGGAGAUUGAAGAACUCCAAGAAGCCCAGAAAUCAGACAAACAACCACAUCGGAGAGAUGAGGAAAGGACUUUCAGAUCACCAGGCAACAGUGACACCAAGAAACCUCCCAAGCCCGCGUCAAAGUACAACACAUACACCAGAUUCAACACCAGAAGAGAGAACAUCAUCAGAGAAAUCCUCAACGCCAAAAUCAUAAAGCCACCAGCCCGAGCAGGGAACUACCAGGAUCAACGAUUCGUGGACAAGACAAAGCAUUGUGCCUUCCACCGGAAGUUUGGUCAUACUACAGAUGACUGCAUCGUUGCAAAGGACCUCCUGGAAAGACUAGCACGCCAAGGGCUCCUGGACAAAUACAUCGAGACCCGGAAGGGCAGAAGAGGAAACUCGGACAGGAUAGAGCAUAAGCAAGCAACGGCCGACGACAAAAAAGAGAGGACGACUCCUGAUCCGCCAAGAGGAGUCAUCAACCACAUAUCGGGAGGAUUCGCAGGCGGAGGAGGAACAAGCUCGGCCAGGAAGCGAAGCUAUAGAGCGAUGCUGGAAAUCGAAGGAACCAUACAACCAAGGAAGGACAAAGAACCAGACGUCACAAUAUCCUUCAACCAAACAGACUUCAAAUCGGCAAGCCCUAACCUCGACGACCCCGUGGUAAUUUCCAUCCAGGUCGGAGAGCUAUUGGUAAGAAAAACAUUGUUAGAUCCAGGUAGUAGUGCUGACGUUUUAUUUUACUCUACUUUUACAAAAAUGAAAUUAUCAGAGAAAUUGAUACAACCCUCCUCUGGAGAGCUAAUUGGGUUCUCCGGAGAGAGAGUCCCCAUCAUGGGGCACAUAUGGCUAAAGACCACAAUGGGAGAGAUCCCUAUAUCAAAAUCAAUUGAUAUUCAAUAUCUAAUAGUAAACUGUUACAGCCCUUACAAUAUUAUACUUGGGAGACCCGCACUGAACAUAUUCAGGGCAGUGGUGUCCACAUUACACCUGUGUGUCAAGUUUCCAGUGCAGGAAAACAAGAUCGCUACGGUGUACGCCGACCAUCAAGAAGCUCGGCAGUGUCACAACGCUGGUCUAAAACCAGUCCAAACAGAACAGGAAGCUCGGCCCCAGGUUCAAGCAAUCCACACGACGGCCAACUCAGCAACACUAGCCGAUCUAAACCCAAGGGAAGACCUCGGCCAAUGGACAAUCUUCAACAAAUAA